CUUCUCCUUACUUUUCCAGACGGCGUGGUGUUGAUAGAUCCGGAGUACCUGAAAGAGAGAAAAGUGUUUGUGACGUUGACAUGCGCCUUCCGUUAUGGACGUGAGGACUUGGAUGUUCUGGGCUUGACGUUUCGAAAGGACCUCUUCGUGGCCAACAUUCAGGCCUUCCCUCCAGUGCCCGAAGACAAAAAGAGGUUAACUCGCCUUCAAGAACGCCUGAUCAAAAAGCUUGGGGAACACGCUCACCCUUUCACCUUCGAGAUUCCACUGAAUUUACCGUGCUCAGUUACCCUGCAGCCUGGACCAGAGGACACAGGGAAGGCCUGCGGGGUUGACUUUGAAGUCAAAGCGUUCUGCUCAGAGAAUGUCCAAGACAAAAUACAUAAAAGGAACUCAGUGCGCCUGGUGAUCCGUAAGGUCCAGUACGCCCCAGAGAAGCCCGGCCCCCAGCCCAUGGCUGAGACCACCAGACAGUUCCUGAUGUCUGACAAACCACUGCACCUUGAGGCCUCACUGGAUAAAGAGGUGAUGGUUUUUUUCUGCUGUUUCCACAAUCCCACCAACAAUCCCACCAGUUCCACAACCCCACCACAAUCCCAGCAACAAUCCCACCAGUUUCCACAAUCCCACCAGCUUCCACAAUCCCACCCCAACCCCACCAGCUUCCACAAUCCCAGCAGCUUCCACAACCCCACCAGCUUCCACAAUCCCAACCCCACCAGCUUCCACAACAACCCCACCAGCUUCCACAAUCCCAGCAGCUUCCACAACCCCACCAGCUUCCACAACCCCACCAGCUUCCACAACCCCACCAGCUUCCACAAUCCCAGCUGGUUAAGAGAGGGAGCCAACAAGGAGAUCCUGGGUAUCAUCGUAUCCUACAAAGUCAAAGUGAAGCUUGUUGUGUCUCGAGGCGGACUCUUAGGAGAUCUCGCAACGAGCGAUGUCCAUGUUGAGCUCCCAUUUACGCUAAUGCAUCCCAAACCAAUCGAAGAUGCAAUCUACAGAGAUGCUGCAGACGAGGCGCCAAUAGACACAAACUUGAUAGAAUUUGACACAAAUGACGAUGACAUCAUCUUUGAGGAUUUUGCGCGGCAGCGGCUGAUCGGAGCGAAAGACGAUGAGGAUGAGGAGGGUGCAGACUCUCCCAAGCUGAACCACAGAUAGAGGAGGGAGAUGGAAGCUGCUGUGUUGUUCCUGUGUUGUGGUACAGAGGAGCUACUGUGACUGGAGGAGAGAGGGAGACCCUUUAGAUUCCAGGGAGACCUUUUAAACAUGCUCACAGUGGUGCCAUUGUCCUGUUCUUGUUCACAUUCGUCUUCUCCAUACAGCAAGGAUGUUAGAGAGAAAGUUUAGAGGAAAUGAGGCCUAGGUGUGGUUUGAGGGGGGUGGACCUUGAGUUCUAGUCGUGGUGUGGUUUGAGGGGAGUGGACCUUGAGUUCGAGUCGUGGUGUGGUUUGAGGGGGGUGGACCUUGAGUUCUAGUCGUGGUGUGGUUUGAGGGGGGUGGACCUUGAGUUCUAGUCGUGGUGUGGU